UGUCAGAUUUAAAUACGCGAAGCGGGAGUCUAUGUUGGAAUGAAUUAACGCAUCAGAACUUUGUCAGUAAGCAUCAAAACAGCAUUCAGCAAUACUAUUUUGUUUCAGAGGUACGGUUAUAGCGCCUAGAAAACUAGAAGGAAUUUCAAUUGUGCUGCCAUGAAUUUAUGAUGUUAGAAGAAGUACUUCGAAAGUUUGCUCAGGAGAACUUUAGCCAUAAAUACUAUCCCGUUCUUCAUGGAGAAUCUGAGAAAAUACAGCCGCUGGCGCUUGCUGUAAAAAGACCUCGGUUAAUAUGGAAACGACCACGCGGAAGACACGAAAUCAAAGUCUUCGCAGAACUAGCGAAAUAUGUUCAAGGUGACGAAGAAGCUCAAGUGCUGCGUGAUGCCUUGGAAUCUCAUGUCAAAGAGGAAAUGUUUCAGUUCAAACCGACCAUUGAUAUUGGUAACAGUAGGGCUGAGGAGUACAGUUUAACUGUUUUAGGAUAUCCGGGGGCAACCAUCAGGUUCAGCGGCGAUCAAGAAGUACUAAAACUAGGUAGACUAAGCCAGAAAUACAUUGACGAUCCAGAUCUCCGUGGGAUACUUGCAAAUACUCCUUUAGAUUACAACAAAAUUAAAGGCAUUCAGGGGGAUGAAUUGCUUCUGAUAACGUCCGUGAUUUCAAGCGAGCAAUUUCAACUUGAAGGAGAGAGAAAGCAAGAGACCGAGGCCGAAUUCAGCGGCAAAGUACCGCCAAAAGUGAGUCCCUUCUUCAAACACUUUUUUCAACCUGAAAAAUGGCAUGCUCGCUACCGCAGUUCGUGUUCUCCUCCAGAGGUGGCAUCCAGAAACUCCACUGCGCCGAUCCUCUUCAAGUGUUGCCGCGUUAUUUACCUGAAGGAAGAAAACAGACUGGAAAUCUGGAAAGGAGAAUUUGUUGGUAAAACAGUUACCAUUGACGUGUUUGGCGGCAAUCCUGGGGAAAAGGACCCGGAUUAUGACAGCACCUAUGUAGAAAUAUGCCCAGACGAGACUGACCAUCCAGAUGCUCUUAGUGCAGAAGAUUACGAGAAACUUGACCCUAUACUUUUCAAAGUGCUUCUACCAACAAAGAAUAGAGAACAACGUAAGGUUCUAGUUCGGAAGUAUAUGUGCUGGUUUGAAAAAGCGUUAACAAAAGGCCAAAGCAGAUUUGUGGUUCCAGAGACAAUAACUCCAGGUGACAGGGAGCUUUUCAGAAUUGCCAAUAUUUCCUGUGAGGAGACCUCGGUCAAUAUGAAACGACCACGAGGAAUACCCGAAAUCAUAGUCCUUGCAGAACUGGCGAAAUAUGUUCAAGGUGACGAAGAAGCUCAGAUGUUCCGUGAUUCCUUGAAAUCUCAAGUCAAAGAGGAAAUGUUUCAGUCCAAACCGGCCAUCGAUCUUGGUAACAGUGCUAGAGAGUACAGCAUGGGUGCCUCACGAUAUCUGGAGGGAACCAUCAAGAUCAGCGGUGAUCAAGGAGUUCUAAAACUGGGUAAACUCAGCCAGAAGUACAUUGACGAUCCAGAUCUCCGUGGAAUACUUGCAAAUACUCCUUUAGAUUACAACAAAAUGAAAGGCUUUAAGGGGGAUGAGCUGUUUCUGAUAACGUCCGUGAUUUCAAGCGAGAAAUUUCAACUUGAAGGAGAGAGAAAGCAAGAGACCCAGGCCGAAUUCAGCGGCAAAGUACCGCCAAAAGUGAGUCCCUUCUUCAAACAUUUUUUUCAACUUGAAAAAUGGCAUGCUCGCUACCGCAGUUCGUGUUCUCCUCCAGAGGUGGCAUCCAGAAACUCCACUGCGCCGAUCCUCUUCAAGUGUUGCCAUGUUAAUUACCUAAAGGAUGACAACAGACUGGAAAUUCGGAAAGGGGAAUAUGUCGGUAAAACAGUUAACAGGGACGUGUUUGGCGGCAAUCCUGCCGAAGAGGACCCGGAUUAUGAUAGCACUCACGUAGAAACAUAUUCAGAUGAGACUGACAUGCCAGAUGCUGCUCUUAAUCCAGAAGAUCUCCAGAAACUUGACCCUAUUCUCACCAAAGUGCUUCUACCAACAAAGAAUAGAGGAGAGUGUAAGGCGCUUGUACAGAAGUAUCUGUCCUGGUUUGAAAAAGCGUCAGAAACAGACCAGAACAUAUUUCUGGUUCCAGAGACAAUAACUCCAGGUGACAGGGAACUUUUCAGAAUUGCCAAUAUUUCCUGUAAGGGGGAAUCGAACAGGCUGGAUAUGGGGGCUCUGACCAAAGACGACAUUCAUGGAUAUGCUGUUGUCUUCAGAAACCUUCUGACCGAUUCGUCACCUGGAAGUGGAGUAGGAGAUGACGAUCUUUUGUUUUCUAUACCUUCAAGUUGCAAAGCUAUUAAUAAUAUGUUAGAAGAAGGACUUCGCAAAUUUGCUCAGGAGAACUUGAGCCAUAGAUACUAUCCCAUUCUUCAUGGAGAAUCUGAGAAAAUACAGCCACUGGCGCUUGCUGUGAGAAGGCCUCGGUCAAUAUGGAAACGACCACGAGGAAAAUAUGAAAUCAUAGUCCUUGCAGAAAUGGCGAAAUAUGUUCAAGGUGACGAAGAAGCUACGAUUUUCCGUGAUUUCUUGAAAUCUCAAGUCAAAGAGGAAAUGUUUCAGUCCAAACCGACCAUUGAUAUGGAUGCUGCCCUUAUUCCAGAAGAUCUCAAGAUACUUGACCACAUUCUCACCAAAGUGCUUCUACCAACAAAGAAUAGAGGAGAGUGUAAGGCGCUUGUACAGAAGUAUCUGUCCUGGUUCGAAAAGGCGUUGAGAACAAACCAAACGAAAAUUGUGGUUGAGAGUCCAAUAACAUCAGCUGACUGUGAGUUUCUCAGAAUUACUGCCUACGUUUCCUGCUCUGUGGGAUCGAGUACGUUGAAUCUCAGCGCCCUCACUAAAGAUGACAUUCAUGGAUAUGCUGUCGUCUUCAGGAAUCUUUCCGGUAAGAUAACAGUUGUAUAUGAAUCAUCAGCAAUAAUGCAAACUCAUCGUGCCCUGUAUUAUACAGAAGCUCAAUCAUGUCUCCAGAAAUUUCUCCCAUGUUUACGGUGA